AACUCAACUACAACUUCAACUACGCCGAUGUAAACUUUUGGUUUUGACGUGACGAGUCAUAGCUUUGGCUAGUUAAUGUAAAUUUUCAUUUGUAAUUUAUACUUUUAUUGGAUACAAUGGGGGCUAGCGCAACCGAUGUUCUUUCAACUUUUUUCAAAGAUUACAGAAAUAGCACUCCUCAAAAGAUAAAGAUUAUAGAUGCGUAUCUCUUCUACAUUCUCUUAACCGGCAUCGUUCAAUUUGGAUACUGUUGUCUAGUUGGCACUUUCCCAUUUAAUUCCUUCUUAUCAGGUUUCAUAUCAUGUGUUGCAUCAUUCGUAUUGGGUGUUUGUCUUCGAUUGCAAGUAAAUUCUCAAAACAGCAGUCAUUUUGGCAACAUCACUCCAGAAAGAGCUUUUGCUGAUUUCAUAUUUGGCCAUGUUGUUCUUCACCUUGUUGUCAUGAACUUUAUUGGAUAAAAGACGAAUUGUAAUUUGGAAUUUACGUUUUGGAUGUAAGAAGUUGGUUCUAACAUGGUAUUGUCCUUGCAUUAUAUAUGAAAUAAAUGCUUUUUCUACUUAUA